AUGAACCUCCUACAUUCCGCCCUUGAUAAAGUUCGUGACAGAUACGCGCCUAUCACACACACGUCGACCUUUCGAUCUACCGGCCAAAUCACCCCUGAAGAGUUCCUGCUCGCGGGAGACUACCUCGUCUACAAGUUUCCCUCCUGGUCCUGGUCGGACGCAUCCAGCCCAGCGCGACGCGUGAACUACCUACCAGCCGGUAAACAGUUCCUCGUCACGCGUGGCGUCCCUUGUCACCGACGUCUAGAUGAGAACUUUGCCGGCGGGAACGGUGCAGCGGACGAUCUCGUCAGGGAUGGAUUCCUGGGCGGUCCGGAGAACGAGACCGCUGGAGACGACGAGGGCUGGCUGAGGACAGGAGGAACGACAGAGAAGGAGCAGGAAGGGCUGAGAGGAGAGGUUCGCACGAUGAGUGAGAGCGGGCAGUUGGGCAAGAAGGCCAUUGAAGACGAAGAAGACGAAGAAGAGAUUCCAGACAUGGAGGAUGAGGAUGAUGACAACGAGGCCAUUAUCCGAGACAAAAGCGAAGGCACUUCGGCGCCUCUGCGAACUUACACCCUCUAUAUCACGUACACGCCCUACUACCGCACGCCUCGAAUGUAUCUUUCCGGAUACCUCUCGGCCUCGGAACCACUUCCUCCAGUCCUGAUGAUGGAAGAUAUCGUUGGCGACUACAAAGACAAGACCGUGACGUUAGAAGAUUUCCCCUUCUUCGACACCAGUGUCAAAAUGGCCUCGAUCCAUCCUUGCAAGCACGCCAGUGUCAUGAAGAUCCUGCUUGACCGUGCCGACGCAGCGUUGAAACUGCGUCUGCAGAAACAGUCAGCCGGCGAAGCCACAACCGACACUGUCUCUGGCAUGGAAGGUCUCAUCGACGACACGGCCAAAUUGAGUGUCGGAGACAAACGAAAAGAAGAGAAGCGUGGUCAUGAGGCAGGCGUCAAAGCUGCCACUGGCGGUGCUGGUGGUGACGAGUGGGAAGUGUUGGACGAGCAAGAUGCUGGUAAAGACGACGAGACUGACAAGGUGGCCAUCCGAGUCGACCAGUACUUGGUUGUGUUCUUGAAGUUUAUGGCCAGUGUCACGCCCGGCAUCGAGCAUGACUUCACCAUGGGUGUCUGA